AGACGUCACGUUCACGCAAGUCUGUGGCGACGUGGAGAUAUGAUAGAAGAGGACUAGUGAAGCUAAUAUUGCUUACUCAAAUUCUUCGUUUUGGAAAUUGUUCUUUGUAAUUACCAUCUAAAGCUUGUGUUCAACCUGCACAACACUAACUACCUGGGAAGAAUACGUGUAUCGUGCCUGGUGUGGCAUUGGGAGAUGAGGCAGUGAGACAAAUUCCCGGACCCAGUACCCAGGAGAUGGGCGCUAACACCAGCCAGGUCAGUGACCUGUCAGAGAACCAGAGCCUCCACACCCUGAUCGGCACAGAGUCCAUCUCAGAGAAUGACCCCUUCUGGAACCAGCUCAUCUCCUUCACCUUUAUCAGCCCUACCAACAGUGGGGACUCCAAGCUGUUGGAAGAGGCUGUCAUUCCCCUGGCCAAGAUCCUGAUUGAGAACAAUCCCAGAACAGGGAAUUUUGGGGCCCUGGUGAGAAUUUUCCUGGGAAGAACCAAAGAGUUGAAAAUCUCCACUGAAUGCCAGGACCAGCUGUUCAUCUGGCAGGCCCACAAUGCCUUGUUCAUGAUCCGCUGCCUGCUCAAAGUUUUCAUCCGGGAGAUGACAGAGGAGGAGCUGCACUUGCAGUUUUCCUAUCAGGAGAGGGCGCCAGGCACCUGCGAUGCAGGGAGUGAGGACCUGCUGGAGGAGCUGAUGUGCAACCUUGUGCACCUGGUGGUGGAGGUGCCCCUUCUAGACAUUACAUACAGUAUCCUGUUUGAGGCGGUGACCACAAUGCUGGUGUUGCUUUCCUACCAAUUGUUCCACAAGGACAUCCUGAGAGACGGCCUCAUCUACCAGUACCUGAUGAAGGGACGAUGUUUGUCUCUGACCAGUCGACUGGUGAAGACUCUGCUGUAUAACUUCAUCCGACAGGAGAAAUGCCCUCCUCCCGCAACCCACAUCUUUGAACAGCACUCAGAGGGAGGAGGCCUGUUCUACGGACUCGCUUCGGGAGUAGCAAGUGGACUGUGGAGCGUGUUCACACUGGGUGGAGCCGGCAGUAAGCCAGGAUUGGACCAGGAGCAGAACCCUCUUCCACUGUCCAAUCAGAGCCUGUUACUGCUCUUGGUGCUGGCCAAUCUGACAGAUGGACCCAACGGUUGCCCCAACCCCUACAGACAGGCUGUCACCUGCUUCAAAAACACCCAAGACACAUCAUCCAUCCCCACCGAGCAGCACCACACGUUCCAGAUCAACUUCAACAGCCUGUACACAGCCCUCUGUGACCAACAGAGGUCGGACCAGGCCACGCUGCUGCUGUACACACUGUUACACCAGAACACCAACAUGAGGACGUACAUGCUGUCACGCACGGACAUGGAGAACCUGGUGAUGCCCAUCCUGGAGAUCCUGUACCACGUGGAGGACCGCAACUCUCACCACGUCUACAUGGCCCUCAUCAUCCUCCUCAUCCUCACUGAGGACGACACCUUCAACAGAUCCAUACACGAAGUGGUGUUGAAAAACAUAACGUGGUACUCAGAGCGUUCGUUAACAGAGAUCUCCCUGGGUAGUCUGCUCAUCCUUGUGGUCAUACGCACCAUCCAGUUCAACAUGACUCGGACUAGGGAUAAGUACCUCCACACCAACUGUCUGGCAGCCCUGGCCAACAUGUCGGCCCAGUUCCGCUGCCUACACCAGUACGCAGCUCAACGCAUCAUCAGCCUGUUUGCACUGCUGUCCAAAAAGCACAAUAAAGUCCUGGAGCAGGCUACCCAGUCUCUCCGUGGCACUCAGGGGGGCGACGACAGCUCAGUCCUGCCUGACUACGCCCAGGACCUGAACGUGAUCGAGGAGGUGAUCCGGAUGAUGUUGGAGAUCAUCAACUCAUGUCUCUCCAACUCGUUACACCACAACCCUAACCUGGUGUAUGCUCUGCUGUACAAGAGAGAACUCUUUGAACAGUUCAGGACUCACCCCUCCUUCCAGGACAUCAUGCAGAACCUGGACACGGUGAUAGGUUUUUUCAGCCAGCGUCUGGAGAUAGCUGGGACCGACCUGUCUGUAGAGAGGGUUCAGGAGGUCAUCAUGAAGGGAGCACAGGCUCUGCCUAAAGAACGCCUCAAGAAGUUUCCGGAGCUGAAGUUUAAGUAUGUGGAGGAGGAUCAGCCAGAGGACUUCUUCAUCCCCUACGUGUGGUCACUGGUCUUCAAUUCUGGAGUAGGCCUUCACUGGAGCCCCACUGGCAUAGAACUGUUCAGCAUGGACUCUGGCUGAAUGGUGGGGGUUUACCUCUGUCUAUUGGGGGCCAGUCCUAACUUCCACUUUCCGAAAAUGAAAUCCCUUAUUUGUGUACAUGGGAGAUAAAGUGGAACUUAGGAUUCGGCCAUGUGUGAGUGUAUGUAUAUUUGCGUCUGUGCGCAUUUAUUUUUAUCUAUGUGUGUGGGCUGCUAUUGGAAGUGCCUCUACCCUCACAGACAGAUCCGUGGGUUACUAUGGGAUGUUAGACAAGAGGACAUUGGUUGUACCCAUGUUUCUUUCAGCUCCUGUCAGUUCAUAUGGGAUUUGUCUCCUGUGCUUCCGCAUAGUGUAGCUGUGUCUUUUCGCACCAGUGUCUUGAUGGCGAGCACAGGACUCUGUCCGGUACAACCAGGAUAGCUCCCACACGCUUCACAACCACACCCCAACCAAGGAACAAAGUACUCGCCGCUGGACCACGUUACCAUUUCUGUUUUUGGUACAGUUUUGGUCAUCAAAAGUAUUUCUGGUUUUGCCCUAGAUUAUUUUGGUUUAGCGCUUCAUAUUUAGUUAUUUUUUCAAAUUAGGCAAACAUAAAAAAUCUAUUCAGGAAAGGUGGGGGUGUCAGUACAUUGUUUUAAUGCCAACUGACAUGAAUCAACUAGUCAAUGGCUUAUUAGUUAUUAGAUAAGUCUAUUUUGGUGUGCUAGCUUUUGAAUACAUGGAAUAUCUCGUGGGUCCCCUGAUAAGAUUUGAGUACCACUGCUGUAGAGCCUCAUAACAUUGUGCUUCUGAGUGAAAGUGGAAAGGGGCAUGGUUUAAAUCAAGACUGGAGAAAGCAAGCCUCUGACAGUUGUAUGGGAGUAAAAAAUUCAUAAAUGACCAUAUUUUUUGGGGGAGUCCCAAUUGUUUCUGACCUGAGCAUAUAGACAUCGUAUUUAAAUUUAAGGACAUGCUCUUAAGUGUUUCCAAACUCUGUCCACAAUGCAGUGGUUCUUAGAGUUUUUGAUGGCCUGAGAGAACAGCCAAUUAAAAACUACCAGCUGUUUUGUCCCAUCCAGCCAUAGUUCCCUCGUGAGGUGAUGUGGGACAGGAUGGCUCAAUAAAGAGCCUGUUGGUGGACGAGAUUAGAUGCCAAACAGAUUAUGGGAGCUGUGGCUUUUGCAAUUUUCCUCAAGCUUUGCAGCAUUAGCUGAUCAGAAGUUAAUAAAUGUCAGUUGUUUAAACAGUGGUCCUUGUUUUUCAUCAGUUGUGUUCUACUAUACUCGUUUUUCUGUCUGUUGACCCAAUAUUUUGUGUUAAUUAUUGAUUGCUAAUUAAUUUGUUUUAUGGGAUUUAUUUGUUUUUUAUUAAUUUAUUUUCAUGUUCAGAUUUUAUAGUUUGCCCCCAACAAAACAUAAACGAUUGCAACAGCAGCAACAAAAAUAAUAGCCUUGUGAACAAAAUAAGAAGUUUUUUCUUACCGGUAUAAAUACAACAUCAGUAUAAGACAAUAGCAGCAGAAACUUUGGCAAAUUCUAUGUUCACUUUAGGAAGCAUAAUUAUCCAUAGAAAAGUGAUUAUUGGCAUUAUAGUAUAGGCUAGGGUGGAUAUGUUUAUUUAGCCUUUGAUUCAACGGUAUGUUCUAGCUGGUGCCCUACGUAGUGCUCUACCUUUUGACCAGACUCUUAUGGGCCCUCGUCAUGAAAGGUGCACUAUAGGAAACGGGGGACCAUGUGUGAUGUCACCCCAACAUUGUACAGAUCAGGGAACGCAUGUAAAUUAUUUUAUAGACAAACACAAACGCAUGUUUGUUGCUCAUCCCAAAUGUUUUGUCUAAUGAAAAGCGACACCAUUUUCCUUAUAUGGCUCCUGGGCUCAGGUUUUUAAGUAGUGCUUGUUUCUGAACGCUAUAGUCACUGAUUAUUCAUAAUUCUGCAUAAACUACACUGAGAAAUACUGUGAAUAUAUAUUCCUGUAUGAAUCGACAUGACAUCCAUAAUAAAGAAUGUGCAUGUUGUUCGCGUGUGUGCGUACGUGCAGACGUGUUACAACAAGGAUCUACUGUUUUAAAUAAAUACCGCUGUUACACAACAACACAUGCAAAUGGAGUUGCUUCCAACAACUAUUUCUUUGUCUCUUUGAAGUGUGCACACAUUCACUACUUACCACACCUUGAAAACCAUUAGCCAGGGGAAGCCAUUGAUUUGAUGGAGUUUCUGUCGUUCCCUUCAAAUAAACCCCAAAAACCCUUGAGGGGAAUGGGUGAACAAGUGGGCACUUUGGGAGAAGAUAAAACAUUAUUGGGAUUCACUCAGAGGUCCUCUUUCCGUGCAUCCAGUAAUAAGUCUUUUCUAAGGGUAAAUGAAGUGUUUGAGAAAUACUCUUGAAAGAACACUAUUUGGGGUUGGUUUCACAUCUGUUUUCAACUGAAAAAGAAUGGUUUAAGCUGAACUCUUGUUGUUUGCAUGCAAGUCAAUUCUGGAAUCUUACUUCACUCGAGUAAUAGCUGACUUGCUUCUACAUUUGAGAUUAUUUUACAAUGUUACUUCCACUCUACUUCAAAUGUAAAGGCUGUCUUUACUUCCUAUGUAAAUUGACACAAAUAAAAAACACUUGUAAGAUA